AUGGCCACCUCGAAACGCAAAAUAAUCAUUGAUUGUGACGCCGGAAUCGACGAUGCUCAAGCUAUAAUGAUCGCGUUAACUCAGGAAGUGGAUAUUUUGGGCAUCACUUGCACCUCUGGAAAUGUAGAUGUUGAUCAGGUGUGCAAAAAUGUCCUCAAAACACUGGAAGCUUGUGGUCGUACUGACAUACCGGUCUACAAGGGCGCACAUCGCCCCAUACUUGGUAAGCUAAUGCCCUGCUAAGCAGCAUACCUUUUCUAUGAAAAAUGAUGUUAAAACGUUAGACUUUAAGGCUGAAAGUUGGAAAAUAAGUGGGGUACCCGUCCAGGGGUGUCCAGGGGUGUCAAGAUGUGGGGGGAAAGUGGUAGAAGUGACUGGAGCCCACGAAGAUCAACUCCUUAAGGCCUUGAAGGCGGGGAGGGGGUUAUGCUGUCGCUGUGUUGGUCAUUUCUGAGACUGCCUGUCACCUGGUAGGUCAGGAAACGACAUCGCUGUCGCAUUUUAGCUAGAAUGAAAGUGUCCUUGUUAGUUUAGCAUAAAUUUUUGUGAUUUACAGAAGAUUAAUAAUUUGCUAUUAUAAUCUUAACCCCUGAGGGACCUUUCUUGAAAAAUACCAUAAUUAGAAAACGUUCCAAUGAAAAUGAGAGAAAAUGCUGGUAAUAACGGAAGACAGUUUUUUGACUCUCUUUGUUUUUGUUGACAGCCAAAAUAUUUAUAGCCAAAUUCGUUGUAUCGCGCUGCGUGUUUUGCGAACUUCGAAGGAAUUUUGGGUUCUUCUGUUCCGUCAAUCAUCUUAGCGGACCUCUUAGGAAACACAUGUUUACUUGUGAUUGGUGCAUUUCAAUCCACUUUGUUUGUUUCUGUGUUGCAAGAAUAAAGCAAUGUCUGCCUCCUGUCCUUGACAAAAAAAACGAUUCAUCAUUGCGAUUUCCUUUGCUAUAAUAUUCUUGAACAGUCUUGAGUCAUUCUCAGUUUUCUAGCUGGAUGAUUGCAUUGCAUUGUGAUUUGCAUUUACCCUGCCCCUACUCAAAUGAUUGAUGGAACAGAAAACCCCAUUCAAAGUUUGCAAACGUGCAGCGCAAUACAAGGAAUUUGGCCAUAAGUGAACAGAUGUAACUUCACUGCUUAAAAAAUGGAUUGUCACUGUCACAUUUCUUUCCUCCUUUUCUAUCGCUAGUCAGUGCUUUCUGAGAGGAUUGUCACCAGUUUUGGGGGCCAUGUCAUCUGUUGCUUCUACCCCUUGGAAGGCCUCCUUCUGGGUCCCAGGUCACCAAAGAGUUAGCAACAAACCCCAGGCAUUUGUACCUGAAGCCUAAAUUUCAGGUGGAGCCUCCCUGUGUAGGCUGUUAUAGGGAGUACCCCCCCCCCCAGGUGAUAGGCAUACUCUUCUGUUCUUUUCAGUUACAAUGGAAUCUGGAUAUUUUGUCCUCCUGGUGUGGAUUAUCAUAAGGUUACAAAAAUGACUGGUAAAGUAAGAUUGCUUUGUUUGACUUAAAAAGAGAAGUCAGUUUUUGUGUGAAUUAUAUUGUAUUGGGAGGUUUGAGAAACUGAGGCUUCAAGAAAUUUGGGAUUCCAUUGUAUUUCAUUUAUUGAAAAGGAAAGUGUCAGUCUUAAAAACUUUUCUAUUUAUAUUUCUCAUUAAUUUAUCACACAGGAACCAGUUUUGACAAACCAGAAUAUCAUGGCAAAGAUGGGUUAGGAGAUAUGCCUGAUCUUAAGGACCCAGAUAUGAAUCUCCUGAAGGAGACACAUGCAGUUCAAGCUUUACUUCAACUUGUAAAUCAAAACCCUGGUGAGGUAGUGAUAAUUGCUCUGGGUCCUUUAUCCAACAUUGCUUUAGCCUCUAAUAUGGAUGCUGGAUUCUUUACAAAAGUCAAGGAGAUCUAUUUGAUGGGAGGGUGUGUCUAUGGCAAAGGAAAUCACUGGGUAUCAGCAGAGUUUAACUUUGGUGCUGAUCCAGAAGCUGCAUAUAUUGUGCUUAACGAGAAGAAUAACUGCCCGGUUUCCCUGAUGUCUUGGGAAGCAUGUUUGGAUCAUGUAUUGGAAUGGGAGUUCUAUGAUCGUUAUGUAGGGACAGGUACCAAAAAAGCUGAGUUCAUGAAAAAGAUUUCAUCAAAAAUUAAAGAAUAUGAAGGCGAUGGUCCUUUUAUUACAUGUGAUCCCUUUCCAAUUUGUGCAGCACUUCAGCCCCAAAUUGUCCUGAAAGAAAAGCUUGUCUAUGCAACAGUAGAGCUCAAGGGAGGUUUCACACGUGGACAAAUGGUUGUUGAUUGGUAUGGUUUACUGAAAAAAGAUAGCAAUGUCCGAUUGCUUGAGAAAUUAGAUUUAGAACUGUUCAUGGCAAUGAUGCUUCAUUCUGUUAAAUAG